AUGCCCCUGAAACUCCCGAAGGCACUGCAGGCGAGUGCUGUUUCAUUCAUUCGCAGCUCGCGCGGCUCAACGCUUUGGACGCUGUCCUGACCGCUCCUUUUAAAAGGAUAUCGUGUUUGCUGAUCGAUUGUGCUUAUCGAGCGACUCUCUUUGCGUGCAGCUUUCCAGUAAAGCGCAAUGAGUGAUUCCGGCAAGGACACAGUGGCUCCUAAAGAGAAAGACGGAGCAGAGAAGAGAGGACGCGGAAGACCACGAAAACACCCACAGCAGCAGGAGGCAAGUGGAUCUCCCACACCGAAGAGACCUAGAGGAAGACCAAAGGGCAGCAAGAACAAGCCAAGCUCCACGGCAUAUCGGGGCAAAAAAACAGCAACGGCUUCGGCACCUGCAGGGACGAAACGCCGAGGACGGCCCAAGAAAGCAGAGAAGGAGGAGCAGCCAUCUAAGUCCUCUGAGGAAGAAGAAGAGGAGGAGGAAGAGGAACAGUAACUAGCAACUCGUGCUACCUCACAAUCCAACGUUAUUUCUUCCUGUUGACCAGAGCUGGACUGACCCUCCCCAUUCCUCCUCUUACACUAGUGCCACCCUCACCCUCCAAUUCACCUUUACGCUCUAGCGCCCCCUAGCGUCAGGGAGGCUUGCACACUUCAUGUGCCUUCUCUGUGUAACACCACUGGAAAAAGACUCAAAAUACUGUAUGUCCAUUCAUGGAUGCAUGCACACGUGUAUGUCUCGCACUCAAUGGCUAAUUGGUCGAAAGUGUCUGUCAUUAUACUGGACAAAGAUAUGCUCUGAUGGCGGCUUGACACAAAGCGAUUUGCAAAAUACUGAAGUUUUCUCUUCUUUCGCAAGCAACCGUUUCAGGCCUUGAGAAUUCAAGUUUAUUUUUACACGUCUAAAUCUAAAAUAUGGUAGGUUGUGUGAAAUUCAUGUCGUUGUGUACUGGACAAAGGUGAAUUGACCUACUCGUUGUUUUUACUUGGGUUGUGUGUGCGUGUGUGUGUGGUAACUCGAUGUCUCCAGUUAAACUCUUUUAGCUACUCCGUGAUUCGAGCUAGAAAUAAAAUGAGCGUAUUUUUUUGUGCGCUUAACCUAGAGGACUUUUAACUUGUAAUCAACAUCAUUGAAUGCUUUGUCGUGAAACAUUUUUGACUUCCUCUUGUUUCAUUUUUUUUUUUUUAAUAAUGCCCUCCGCCGACUUGCCACCAUCAUGAUUUCGCUGAUUCCCGCGAUUAAAUUUACUGGCACGCGAAAGCUAAGUAGUCUGUUUAAGUCUGUUCUCAGUGUAGUUCAGUUUCCUGGAUGUGCUAAGGAACAGUUUGCUCGUCUGGCCUGUACGAAAUGUUAUGGAGGACGAUUGGUUUUAAUUGCGGAAAUGAUUAAAUGUUUUACCACCAACUGAUCCUUGCUCCAAAAAGGCACCGCAAAUGAUUAGACACCAGCAGUGCUUUUAAUUGUAUCGGCCCCAAACCUGUGAAUUACACGCAAACAUUUAAUCUUUUUUUUUUUUUUUUUUAACUAGAAAAUGCGAAUCAUUCCAUUUGCUCGCAAAUUCUUUGUGAACUUCCCAGCCGUGUCACUUCUUCUGUCCCAUUACAGUCCACUCAGACGACUUUCACUUGAUGUGUUUUAGGUUCGUGUUUCGUUUUCUUCAUGGGUUUUUUCUUUUUCUUUCUUUUUUUGACGUGUUAAAUUCCAUGUCAGGGAACGCUGAUCGGUCCAGUGACUGGGUCUCCUCUCAGAACUUAAUGCUGCUACAAACAUGGUUAAUUAAACCCGGAAUACUGCAACCAGGUCAGUUCUACUCUGGACUUGACCGUCACGUUCAUACCUCACUUUACAACAGCCUAUGAUGGAUUACUCUUCUCUUUCCUGACGAUGUUCAACUGGUCUCAGUGCAGCCUUUGGCAAGCGUGUUUGUUUCUGAUCCAUUUACAGCCGUCUCCGGUGUGGGUUUUUGUUUCGUUUUAAACUAAUUUCGCUUACAGCAGUGUGCAUCAAUGAACAGAAACUUGUUUUUUUUUCAUAUGUAAACGUCUGGACACACCACAGGCAUGACUGCAUUGAGUCAGAGAGAUGCAAAACAUAUUCACAGACUGUGGUAGAGAUAUAGGUUUGUGUGUUUUUAGUUUAUUUUUCUGUACAUACUCGUUUGGUGCACUGAAUUGACUUUUUGAUUUGAUAUAUCAUGGACAAAAUGAUUUGGUGU